AUGCUCAUUUUUGUGUCAAAUCUCCCGUUCGUUUCCCUAUCACAAUUCCCGCAAGUUCACGAAUCGGAGAUCGGAUACAUUUACGAUAACUCGAUACCGAGUGCUGACACAGCUCGUUGUUUCUCGUGCAUGUCGCGACUAUACGAGGCGAUCUGGCCAGUUCUAGCAAAUAUUUAUAAGAAGCCGCGUAAUUUCACGGACGAGUGCGACGACGAUUCUCUUGAUCCGUCAAGGGUUCCCGUUGUGAAUUGUCCGACGAUUUGCGUUUCAAUGGUCGAAGAGCCAAACAUUGCAGGCGUUCGUGUUCGAGGAUUCAUCCGGGGAUGCAUGAACGAUGUGUUGAUAGGCGGUUUCAAUCAAACGGUCGUUGGAUGGUAUCGUUGGAUGCAUCGAGACUCGUGCCGACCCUAUCGAAAGAAGGAACUUUUCAUGUUGCCUGGGCCAUCUACCGACGAUUCGCAGAUCGAAGUGUGCACCUGCUAUGCGGAUCAUUGUAACGGUAGUUCAUCAUCUUCAAAUCGCUCGCUUCCCAUUUUUUCCUUUAUAUGGAUCGGCCUCUUUUUGAUGCUCAGGUUA